AGCAAGCGCCGCUUUGGUUACAGUUUGUAUAUCUGCAGUCCUAGUUUCAGUUUCCCUUUUUGCAUGAUGAAUAUAGACUAUUGAUACCUGCUGAUAUAGAUCAUUAUUUUCUUACACGCAGACGCUUGCUGGUUGACAGUCACCUGUAGGCCUUAUGGUGUGUUCAAGCAGAGCUUUUUGGGCGAUACACAGCUGACACAAAGCAUGGUCACUGCUAGUUCUUUGAUGUCGACUUGGUUUAUCACGACCUUUAAACAUCAGUAUUCAUAAGAAGUACCUCUCUGUUUUAGGGUAGGGACACCAAAAAACUAGCGCUGCAGGAAGUCGACUGUGGCGUUGCCUAAGGUUGUCUCGCUUGCUUGCUUGAUUGAUUAUGUCUGUGUGUGUGUGUGUGUGUGUGUGUGUGUGGAGGGAUAUUUCUAUAGCCAUGCCAUUAAUGCAGUCAAAACAUAUAAAUACAACAUCUACCAGCAGGUGCUUAUGGGACAAAGGAUUAUGCUCUGUCUUUUUUUUCUAUGGUUUUGCAAGAACAUAAACACUGCACGAAUGUUCACUACGUCAUCGCUCUACCUUCCAUAGAGAGGCUCCAAUGUCACUUACACUUGAAAUAGCGAUAAAAUCACAUUGCCAGUAAAGCAGAAGUACAGAGCACUUUUAUGAAUCUGAGUCUGGGUGUAUUUUCUGAAGGGAAAAGUGGUGAAAAUGAAGCUUCUCUUUAAUUUGCUCGCCGUGAUCUUGCUUUUACUCAACAAUGGUGCAUCUCAUGUUGGUACAGAUAAAGUGUCACUGAAGGAGGGAGAUUCAGUCAUUUUCCACACUGGUGUUAAAACAAACAAACAAAAUUAUUUUACAUGGCAUUUUAAUUACACUCGCAUCACUAAAAUCAGUGGAAAUUUGAGUCAUAUCUGUACAGAUGUUCAGUGUAAUAAAGGUACUGAGAGAUUCAGAGACAGACUGAAGCUGGAUCAUCAGACUGGAUCUCUGACCAUCACAAACACCAGAACCACAGACUCUGGACUUUAUAAACUACAGAUCAGCAGCAGUAAAAAAAUCUUCAAUGUUGCUGUCAAUGGUGUUUCUGCUGCUGAACGAAAUCAAAUGAGACAUGUGAUAGACGGAGAACCUGUCACUUUAGAAUCUGGCGAAACAAAUAUAAAAAAAUAUUUAAUGGCGUGGUACUUCAAUGACAUUCUCAUUGCUGAAAUCACUGGACAUCAGAAAACAAUCUGUACAGAUGUUCAGUGUAAAGAGAGAUUUAGAGAUAAACUGAAGAUGAAUCAGAAGACUGGAUCUCUGACCAUCACAAACAUCAACAUCACAGACUCUGGACUUUAUGAACUAAAGAUCAUCAUCAGUAGCAGCAGUUUUUGUAUCACCAGACUGAGGAGAUUCAAUGUCACUGUCUUUUUUCCUGCAGUAGGAAUAUGUGUUGCUGUUGUUUUUCUGCUGAUGGUUGCGACUGUAACUGCUGGUGUGAUUUACUGUCGCCACAAGAAAUAUAAACCACAAAUAAAGAAAAUAAGAAUGAUGUUAAUAAGUCGCCACCGAAUACAAACGACAUUGUUUAAGGGACUUGGUAUGACGUUAAAUCAGAAUCUGGAUGAGGAUUCCAUUAAAACAAUGUAAUGUCAUUUAUAAUUUGAAUACUUUCAUUGAAAGAGACACUAAAGAGAAUUAGGAAAUGAUGGAGAGCAGCUGAAACCAUGCAUUUGGAGAAAUCGACCAAUUAAUGACUUAUUUAUAGCUGUUUUGAGUAUUAAUGUGGCUUUACAAAAAUCAGGUACACUGUAAAAAAAAAAAAAAAAUUGAACCAACUUAAAAUUUUAAGGCAACCAGCUUCAGCAGAUUUUUGAGUUUUCUCAACUUGUCGUUUUAAGUUUAUGCAACAAAAAUAUGAGAAUCUCCCACAAAAAUAAGUUGAGCAAACUCAAAAAUGUACUGAAGCUGGUAAAAAAAAUUUUGUAAGUUCGCUCAACUUUUUUUUUUUUUUUUUUUUACAGUGUAGUUGGUGGAACACUUUGUUGAGAGUAUUCUGUUCAUUGCCUGUAACUGGAUGUUGUUAAGCUGUUGUUCAUAAGACAAAUAUUGUGUUUCUUGCACUCUUGGCAGAAUAUUUAGACAUUUUCCUUUCAGUGUUCCUUAC